AUAUUUAUAAACAUACAUCACUUCCGGAAACACUGCUUAAUGUGAAAAAAUCAAAACACAGACUUAAAGACUGCGCACAAACUUCUAAUUGGCAAACCUUCAAACGGAGCAAUGUUUAGCUCUGUCAGUAGCUGGUUUGGGGUUGUGAAUAACAAAGAAGCGGAGGAGAAAGAGAACAAGAGCUUGUCAGAAGAGGAGGCCAAACAAAAAGACCCCUCAUCUGAGAAGACUGAACAAACAAAAGAUUCUGAACCGAAGUCCGAUAACUCACCAGAGACAGGUGGCCAGGAGGAGGAGGAAUCCCUAGAAAAGAAGUUGGAGGAGGCGUCAACUGCUGCAAUCAACACAGCGAAACAAUGGGGGAGUUACCUGUAUUCCUUUAGUAAAACAGCAGGAAAAACGGUAGUGGAAAAAGCAAAGCAGAUUAGCAAAGAGGUGGAAGAAAAGACAUUUCUGGGAGAUUUCAGCAAGGAACAAGAAAAGUUUGUAACAGAAAAGAAGGAGAAAUCCAAACAGGCCGAGGCAGCAGUGCCUCCCUGGGUGGGAUACAAUGAAGAGGAAAGCAUGAAGGCACAGAUCCUAGCUCUGUCACAGGACAAAAGAAAUUUCCUCAGAAAUCCACCAGGAGGUGUACAGUUUCAGUUUGACUUUGAAAGCAUGUUUCCUAUUGCCAUGGCAACUUUACAAGAGGAUGAAAACCUUAAUAAAAUGAGAUUUGAAUUGGUUCCAAAACAAAUCAAAGAGGAGGCGUUCUGGAGGAACUAUUUUUACCGAGUGUCUCUCAUAAAGCAAUCCACACAGCUUACCUCCCUUGCACAAGAAACAGGGAGCACAGGUGAAAGCAAGUCCAGCGAUGGAUCUCGAAGGUCAUCAACAGGAAGUCAAGAACUAUCUAAGAAAACGGAUAACGGAUCAAGGGAGGAAGACUUUGCUCCUAGUAGUCCUAAUGAGAACGAGUUCGUCAGUGACAGCUUCCAGGGGGAUGAAAUCAGCCAGGAAGAUCUGAAGAAGGAGAUGCAGAUGUUAGGGGUGGAAGAUAAUAAAUCAGAAACCAAAACAGAGAAGGAAGAAGGGGAGGAGAGAUCUGGCCGUAAACCCUAUGAAAGGAACUACUGGAAAGUCUGUUAUGAAAAAGAUCUAGACCCCAAUACGGACGGCAUUCCACAAUGGGAGAAGGAUUUACAACAAGAACUACAAGACUACGAAAUGGUGGAUGAUAAUGUGGAUGAUGCUGACAUUGAGAAUGAGAUUCUACAACAAUUAGAAGAGGAAGAAACGGACGCCAAGUGAUAGGAACACCAGUUUAGUGUGAUUGGAUUGGGGACCAGCUUAAAUUAAUGUACUGUAAUUUCCGCAAUUGUAAUGAUGAUAUGCAAUGUAAUGUUAUCUUACGAGGUUCUUAUAUCAAUAGACUUCUGUAUCAUUUGUGAAACUUUGAAGUAUAACAUUUCAUUUGAAGUUUCUUUUCUUGGGAUGGUGUAGUGAAAAAAAGAUCUUGAUGUAUAAUUCGUUUUCUUUUAAGUGUAGAUGUAGUGUACCAUUAAUACCAUUAUUUAUGAUAAACCCAACCAAUAUUUGUAAAUAAGGAUGAGUAGUUAAUUGGUUGCUUGCAGUUGUUCUUAAGUGAUUAAUUCUGUUAAGUUUGAUUGACAAAUUAAUCCAUCAGAAGCAUUUGGUCUGAUUUGUUAACUAUAUUUAUUUGUAAAUUACUGUUAAAAUAAACAUGUACAAAACUC